UCUCACAUUUCUUUCCAACCAAACUAGCCCACACUAAUUUCUCUCUCUAUAAAAUAUAUUCGUCGGUUCGUCCUCUGUCCUCUACUAUAAUAUAUUCGUCCGAGCACAGAGAUCAUCUGGUGGAAUAAGCUUGAAAUGGCGAGAAGCAUUCGAUUCUUUGAAUUAAAUACCGGAGCUAAAAUUCCUUCAGUAGGUCUGGGCACAUGGCAGUCCGAUCCCGGUCUCGUCGGUCAAGCUGUUGCCGCUGCCGUCAAGAUUGGAUACCGCCAUGUUGAUUGCGCUCAAGUUUAUGGCAAUGAGAAGGAGAUCGGUUUGGUUUUGAAGAAGCUCUUUGAAGAUGGUGUGGUGAAGCGUGAGGAUUUGUGGAUUACCUCCAAACUCUGGUGUGUUGAUCAUGCGCCAGAAGAUGUACCAGUGGCAUUAGACAGAACUUUACGAGACUUGCAGCUUGACUAUGUUGAUUUGUACCUUAUCCAUUGGCCAGUUCGUAUGAAGAAGGGUUCUGUGGGCUUUAAUCCUGAAAACUUUACUCCAACGGAUAUACCCAGUACCUGGAAAGCGAUGGAAGCACUUUAUGAUUCUGGUAAAGCUCGAGCUAUAGGUGUUAGCAAUUUCUCUACAAAGAAACUGGGAGAUUUGUUGGAUGUAGCACGUGUUCCCCCUGCUGUCAACCAAGUGGAGUGUCAUCCUUCGUGGCAACAGGCCAAGCUCCGCGAAUUCUGUAAAUCUAAGGGAGUUCACCUAUCUGGAUAUUCACCAUUGGGUUCUCCCGGUACAACAUGGCUCAAGAGUGAUGUCCUUAAGCAUCCGGUUCUAAUUAUGAUAGCAGAUAAAUUGGGCAAGACUCCUGCACAGGUUGCUCUCCGUUGGGCUUUGCAGAUGGGCCAUGGUGUACUUCCUAAGAGUACACAUGAAGAAAGGAUCAAGGAGAACUUUGAUGUCUUCGACUGGUCUAUUCCUGAUGAUUUGUUCACCAAGUUCUCCGAAAUUGAACAGGCAAGGCUACUCAGAGGGAGUUCAUUUGCCCAUGAGACCCUCAGCCAAUACAAGACAUUGGAGGAACUCUGGGAUGGGGAGCUAUGAGCAGACAGGUGAAUGAAUUAUGGCAAGGGAAGGCAUGGGGUUCUCUGUCUCCUUCAGCUAAAAUUUAUAUUACCGGAUUGGUUCCAUAAGUUUGAUUGAAACACUGGUUAUUUGAACUGGUUCUAUUUCAGUUGUUCUUCCUUCCCUUUGUUUUAGCCGCAAUGGCAACAAUCUUUGAAUCGUACUUUACAUUAGAAACUUAAAGUAGAAAUAUCAUUCUCUGGGAAUAUGAUGGUUGCUAGUUACAUUUAUGUUUUUUCAGCAUCUUGCUAGCAGAAUGAUUAAAUGAUUCGGACCAUUUGCUUCUAAUUUUACUCAACUUUAUGAUC